CAGGCCCGUGUUCCGUAGACGCGUUUCGAGUUCUCAGUAUUUUUGCGUUAGACCGUGCCGGUACUCCGCGGUGUACGCACGUUCCUCGGCCGCGCCACUCCGUCUCGGUACGCGGCUAGUGUUGUGAAUUGUGUGUUUUAGCCGGGAAACAACGAAGCUGUCAACGGACGACGGGGUUUUAAUUCGGAAUGUCACUGGACUGAAACUCGAUUCCAUUUUCGUAAAUUUAAACUAUAACUUGCUCGGUGCCAUUUGUGAAAUAAAAAAAAAGAAAAUCGCUUUUAGUUCUCUUUGGCUGUACAGUUAUAUUCCGUAGCUUUUUACUUUUUUAAACGGAUAAAAUGCUUCGUUACUGGCUGUGUUUUGCCAGUGCGGUUUGCUUAGCCGGGCAUUGUGGCGCAAAUUACUGCAGAGAUGCUAAUCUCUGUUGCCCCGGAAGAGAUAGCUCCUGCGUUGUUCAGAAAGCCCACCAGAAUGCCAUUAUAGAAGAUUUGACGGACAAACCCUGCUAUUGCGACCACGCGUGCUUGAAGCUUGGAGAUUGUUGUCCUGAUUUUCGAGAAACAUGUGGAGUGAUGGACUGCGUGGUAUCAGGCUGGGGUCCGUGGUCUCACUGCGACACAUCCUGUGGCUCCGGCAGUAUGGUGAGGAACCGGAGGGUGGUGCAGGCGCCAGCUCACGGCGGGAGACACUGCCCCUCGCUCGUCCAGAGGAGGGCCUGCCAGCAACACCAUGGCUGUUCUGCUGAUAGUGAUGUACCUUUAAGAGAUGAGACGGCGAUGCUCCUGCCAGGCGAACUGUCGGUGAGCCGCCACUUUAAUGAGACAGUCGACAUCCGCAAGAAUCUUAGACUACGGAAUCCAGACGAUCCCGAGUCCAAUUCACAUAGAGAAUAUUGUGUCAAGUUUGAAGUAACGAAGGUGUCGAAAGCGUGUCACACCGAUUCCGACUACAAACCUUUACGUGAAGGCGGCACGGUUUGUGUGUUAUGCGAGGCGGAUGCGCUCCGCCGCGAUCUCAAGUGGCGCUGCGCCGGCCACGGAGUCGUGGGCCACAUAACACGUUUCUACGCACUCCUCGUGCCGCACUGUCACGGGAAAUGGGUGCGAGCCGACCACAACCCGGACAAAAGAAGCGACUGCUGUUUGAACCCUGAUUUUAUCUUCGUUUAAUUAAAAGUGAAUAAACAAAUUGUCUUAUUAAAAAAAAAGGGGAAACAUCAGAUUACAUUAAACAACUAUGAGACUUAAUAAGGUUGAUAUUAAGGGGCAUAUUACGUUGUAAAUUAUAUAGCAUCAUAUUUAGAUCAACGAGAAUUUAUUGAGGGACUAUCAACAUCAGUAUAAAGUUGUAAACCAUCUUCUAUAAUUUAGGAAUGAUAUUGUGAGAUCAAUUUUCGUUUCUACCCUGUAUAAUGUACUAUAUACAUAUUGUAAAAUAUAUGGUCCUAUAUAAUAAUAUACAACUGUGUAAUAAGCCCCUAAAAGGAAUGCAAAACUUACCAUUUUACACCGUCAGCACACGAACGCCGCGAACCACAAAAAUGAUGUAAGGUAGAUAGAGCGAGACGCAAAAUACCCAAUACGUUCCAAUAGUGUAGGGCAGAUUCUGAUUUAUUUUUCUCCAGAGGGUACUUAGGUUAGUCCUCUGUGGCGUCGCUUCGUUACCGCGUCUGCGGUUCGCGGCGUAUAUAUGUAAACGGGGUUACGACAAUUUUGAAGUUACGUAAUGAAUGAAUGAAUGAAUGAAAACUCUUUAUUGUUCCCUACAAAGAAUGAUUAUAAAGAUUAGCAAUAUGCACACAAACAAAAUAAAUAAUUAAGUAAACUUAAUUACAUAAAAGCAAGAUAAAGAGGCAACAAUAAGCGGCCUUAUCGCUGAAUAGCGAUCUCUUCCAGGCAACCUUAAGAUGGAGAGGAAUAAUUAAAAUUGUUUUUAUAAUUUGCAAUACUUAAUUUUGACUGAUAGUUUUUCUAUAAAUAAGUAGCUAUAGGAAUAUUCUAUAUAAUUUCAUUUUUAUCUCAGAAUGUCUACACUUAAUUACGUAAACAUCGGACACAAUAGGUAAUGAAUAAAUACACUAAUAACGCACUAAGUCGAAUACCCGUUGGGUGUUUUUAUAAUACGGCACGGCACGAUAUCGUACGAUUUUAUCGAGAUGGUAUUUUUAACGAACAUCGUUGAACGAAAAUUACUGAAAUGACUCGGGUUUGGGUGUUCUUGUUUAAUGGGCAAAAAUGGAAUAGUAUAGCCAGGGCUAUCGGUAUAAGCUGGCGAGACACAAGUAAAUGGUAAUAAGGUGAAAGCAGCCCAGUCAGCCUAUCGUGAUAAAUUCCCUAAGAAUUACCCAAGUUUCCAAGGGAGCCGCGUGAAGGUCAACCUGAUAAGAUACGAGUAUAUUACUAGCAGUAAUUAUAUCUCCAUUACUAAUAAUCCUUUUCCUCCCAGUCUGUGUAUUCUAGGUUGUAUCCCCAGAUGUUCUAUAACUGAUUUCUUUGAGCAAUUGAUGUGAUUGUGUGGCGUUUAUUAUUAAUCAUAUUAAGAGAGUAAAUGAAUGAAAUUUUUGGAGAUGGUUUUGAUUUUACACGACAAUGUUUAAAACAUGCACGGUAUAAUGAUACCGUAGGCAUGCACGUUUUAAAAUCAUUAUUUUUAAAAUAUAUGUUCAUUUUUAAUGACGUUCAUGUACAUAUAUGUGUAACGGCCAUUUUAUGAAUUUACUAUGUUUGUUGUUUCCUAUAGAUAGAUAGACAGAUAAUUUAUUUACAUUACUUACAGCACACAAAUUACAAUAAAAAAACAUACACAUAAUACAGAGUAAAAGAGAUGAAAGAAUCAAAAUAAAAAAACAAUAAAACAAAAAAAAAAAAAAAAACAAAA